AUGGCUACCUACGCGCGCAGAACGUUGGUGGCGAAAUGGCGAUCGCACUACCAGGCUCUCCUGAGCGCCGCAGCAACUGCGGCACGGCAGAGGAUCAAGACGAAGGAAGCAGAGGUGGAGCAGGCCGCAAGGCAGAGCGCCGAGCUCGAGAGGCUAAUCGCCCGCCUGAGAGCCGAGACGCUUACCUGGCAAGCCAAAGCGGUGGCGGCCCAGACUGCGGUCGCGGGUCUACAGGCGCAGCUUCAGCGGGCCACGGAGGUGGCCGCGGCCGCCUGGGAGGGCGAGGGCGAGAGCGGCUCUGCCUCGUUGAUCGACCAUGAGCCGGCAGCCCAGGGGUCAUGCCGCGCGUGCCGGCUGCGAAACGCGGCGGUUGUGGUGCUCCCGUGCCGCCACCUCUCCCUCUGCGCCGACUGCGCGGCCGCCGGUGCCGCUGAUUCGUGCCCCGCUUGCGGGCGCAUCAGCACCGGGAGCCUCCACGUUGCCUUCUCCUAA